CUCUCAGAGCAGACAGACCCUCACACAGCAGCCAUGACUUCCUCCUUCUCUCGUUCCUAUGGUGGAUCCGGCGGCAGCCGCCUGGGCUCCAUGCGGGCCGGAAGCGUGUACGGUGGCGCUGGAGGCAGCGGGGUCCGCAUCUCCAGCACCAACGCCUCCAGGUCCUUCGGGGCCGCCGGGGCCGGCUCUGGCUUUGCAUCUGGUGGAUCAAGCUUCCAGCUGUCGGACGCCGUGGACAUCAACGAAUCUAAGAAGGCCACCAUGCAGAACCUGAACGACCGCCUGGGCAGCUACCUGGAGAAGGUGCGCACCCUGGAGAGGGCCAACGCCGAUCUGGAGGCGAAGAUCCACCAGUUCUUGUUGAACAAGACCUUGGUGGAGACUCACGACUGCACCGCCCACAAGGCCACCAUCAGGCUCCUUCAGGAGCAGAUUAUUGAUGCAACCCGCUCAAGAGGAGCAGUCCUUCUGGCUAUUGACAAUGCUACGCUUGCCUCAGAUGACUUCAGGGUUAAGUAUGACAAUGAGCUCAACAUGCGCCAAAGUGUGGAGGCGGACAUUUCCGGACUCAAGAGGCUCUAUGACGAGCUGACCAUGGGCAGAGCUGACCUAGAGAUGCAGGUCGAAGGGCUGAGGGAGGAGCUUAUUCAAAUCAAGAGCAACCACGAAGAAGAACUGCUGCUUGCGCGCUCCAGUAUUGGAGGUCAGGUGAACGUGGAAGUGGACGCCGCACCACAGGAGGAUAUGUCUGUCACCCUGGCAACAAUGAGGGAACACUAUGAGGCCGUUGCCACCAAGAACCGCAAGGCACUGGAAGUCUGGUUCCAAGCCAAGUCAGAGGAGCUGAACAAGGAAGUUUCUGUCAGCACUGAAACACUCCAAAGCUCCCGUUCUGAGAUCACCGAGGUCAAACGCACCCUACAGAGCCUGGAGAUUGAGCUCCAGUCCCAAUUAAGCAUGAAAGCAUCUCUGGAAGGCACCCUGAGAGAUACACAGGGCAGGUAUGGCAACAUGCUGGCAGGAUACCAGAGACAGGUGACGGCUCUGGAGGAACAGCUGGGAGACCUGAGGGCCGGCCUGGCUACGCAGGGACAACAGUACCAGAUGCUGCUGGAUAUCAAGACCAGGCUGGAGCUGGAGAUCGCUGAGUACAGGAGGCUGAUGGACGGAGAGCUCCCUGCUCCAAACCUGAUUACUAAGGAGAAGUAGAUCUAUCAAAUAUCCUCUCAGCACAAAAAGUAACAUUCAAUAAACUACGUACCGUUCACAGAAUUUUGGAAAUAAAACUAUUUCUGUGGAACCGACAUUUGAGUCCUGACACGUU